AGGGGGAGAUCAGGACUAGAAUCUGCCCAGAUCCAGGCAAAAAAAAAAAAAAAAAGGCAGGGAGGGCGAGGCGCUCUGCUAACACUAUCAAUUAUGCAUCGUGUUGAACGUGGCUUCGGGGAGGAGGCGGCCGGCUGGGCGGUGCGGGAGACAAGGACCCGCGCGAGCAGAGCGACGCGGCUCGAGGUCUGCCUUCUCCACCGCCUGUGAUUGCAGAAAGUGUUUCGAGGCAAAGACACGCCCCCACCCGCCCGCUCCGCAGCCGCGCGCUUGCCUUUCCCCCCAGUUCCUCAAAAUGGUUUGUCUCACGUGUUGCGGGGCGUAAAAGCCGCUCGCCUUCAAUUCGCAGCGAAGAUUGCGGGCGCUGGAGGCCGGGCGCUUGAGGGUGAAAGCGCGUGAAGGAACAGAUGCGGGAAGCUCCUACAGGCUGUGCCCCGGCUCCACCACAGCGCGUCUGGAGAAAGGGUUCUUGCUCCAGGGCAACGCACUAGAGCAGGCGGGUGCGGGAGUGUAGGAGCCGCCAUGGCGCCGCUCCGUGCCCUGUGGUUGUCCUGGGCCCUGCUGAGAGUGGCAGCGGCAUGCCCAGAGCCGUGCGCCUGUGUAGACAAGUAUGCUCACCAGUUCGCCGAUUGCGCCUACAAGGAGCUGCGCGAGGUCCCCGAAGGACUGCCUGCCAACGUGACCACGCUAAGCCUGUCGGCCAACAAGAUCACCGUGCUUCGACGCGGGGCAUUCGCCAACGUCACGCAGGUCACGUCGCUGUGGCUGGCGCACAAUGAGGUGCGCACCGUGGAGCCGGGCUCCCUGGCCGUGCUAAGCCAGCUGAAGAACCUCGACCUGAGUCACAACCUCAUCUCCAGCUUCCCGUGGAGCGACCUUCGCAACCUGAGCGCGCUGCAGCUGCUCAAGAUGAACCACAACAACCUGGGCUCGCUGCCCCGGGACGCUCUCGGCGCGCUGCCGGACCUGCGUUCGCUGCGCAUCAACAACAACCGCCUGCGCACGCUGGAGCCCGGCACCUUCGAUGCGCUGAGCGCGUUAUCGCACCUACAGCUUUACCACAAUCCCUUCCACUGCGGCUGCCGCCUGCUAUGGCUGCAGGCCUGGGCCGCUAGCACCCGGGUCUCCCUACCCGAGCCAGACUCCAUCGCGUGCGCCUCGCCCCCAGCGCUGCAAGGCGUGCCAGUGCACCGCCUGCCCGCCCUACCCUGCGCGCCGCCCAGCGUACUUCUGAACGCAGAACCAGUACCCGAGGUGCCUGGCGCCCCUCUACGCGCCGGCCUGACGUUCUUGGCGCACUGCGUGGCGGAAGGACACCCUACGCCCCGCCUGCAAUGGCAACUCCAGAUCCCCGGUGGCACAGUCGUCUUGGAGCCGCCGGUCCCGAGCGGGGAGGACGACGGGAACGGGGUGGCGAACUGGAAGGGAGAAGGAGACGGGGACGCGCCCACGCCAACGACGAUGGAGGCCCGAACACCGCCUCCACCCCCGGCUUGGCCCGUGCCCCCAGCCACUCCUCGUUUCUUGGCCCUCGCCAACGGCUCCCUGUUGGUACCCGUGCUCAGUGCCAAGGAGGCGGGCAUCUACACCUGCCGCGCGCACAAUGAGCUGGGCACCAACUCAACUUCCAUGCGCGUUGCGGUGACUGCAGCCGGCCCCCCCAAACACGCUCCCGGCGCUGAGGGAGAAGCAGACGGGCAGACUCCGACUUCUGGGCGCAAAUCUAGUGCCAAGGGCCGAGGUAACAGCGUCCUGCCUUUCAAACCCGAAGGCAAAACCAAAGGCCGCGACGGCCUAGCCAGAGUCGCUGUCCUCGGGGAAGCGGAGCCGAUGCAGGAGGAGGAGGAGACCGAGGCAGGUGAGGAAGAGGAGACCGAAGACCCGAUUCCUGAAGACCCGGCGGAGAAGCAGCACUGCGGCCAUGGAGACCGGUCCCGGUACGUGUCCAACCACGCGUUCAACCAGAGCACAGAGCUCAAGCCGCACGCCUUCGAACUGGGCGUCAUCGCGCUGGAUGUGGCGGAGCGCGAGGCACGAGUGCAGCUGACGCCGCUGGCGGCACGCUGGGGGCCCGGGCGGCGGCCCCUGCGUCUGCUCUACCUGUGUCCUGCGGGUGGAGGCGCGGCCGUGCAGUGGUCGCGCGUGGAAGAGGGCGUCAACGCCUACUGGUUCCGCGGGCUGCAACCUGGCACCAACUAUUCCGUAUGCCUGGCGCUGGCGGGCGAGGCCUGCCACGUGCAAGUCGUGUUCGCCACCAAGAAAGAGCUGCCCUCGCUGCUGGUCAUCGUGGCGGUGAGCGUGUUCCUGCUGGUGCUGGCCACCGUGCCCCUGCUGGGCGCCGCUUGCUGCCAUCUGCUGGCCAAGCACCCGGGCAAGCCCUACCGCUUGAUUCUGCGGCCGCAAGCCCCAGACCCCAUGGAGAAGCGCAUCGCCAACGACUUCGACCCCCGGGCUUCCUACCUCGAGUCGGAGAAGAGUUUCGGGGCGGGUGGCGAGGCCGGCGGUGAAGAGCCGGGGGAGGCCCCGGAGGAGAUCCUAGAAGAAGAGGAGGAGCAGGGGGACCCCAGCGGAGGCCUGCAGAGGGAGGAGAGCCUGGCGGCCUGCUCGCUGGCGGAGUCCCAGUCUAAAGUGAACCAGGAGGAGUUCGAGGCGGGCUCUGAGUACAGCGACCGGCUGCCCUUGGGCGCCGAGGCCGUCAACAUCAUGCCGGAGAUUAAUGGCAAUUACAGGCAGACGGCGGGUUAAGCCCCCUAUCCCACCCCACCCUUCACUCCAUCCCACCCCACUCCUGCCCGGGCCACAAAUACCUUCCUCGACCCCCCCCACCCACUCCAAUCCGCACCCUCUCUGACCCUUGCCCCCAGCCUGAGGAUCCAAGGCUUCCAGAGGGGGACUGGUCCUCCAGAUUCCCACCACCCUGGAUGCGCUGAGCCCUCCUCCUCUCCAAGCACAGCGUCCCGCACCUCCUCCCCUGUGUAGGACCCCGCCGAUUGAUGGUGAGGUCAAGUCUACUAAGCCGUCCUAUUUCCCUCGGCGACGAUCCCCAAACCAGCCCCGCCUUGGGCGCCCCACAGCUCCCAGAGGGGUGUGGCCGCGGCUCCCUGGGUGGGGCGCUCCUCGGAGUCCUGCUGGCUGCCUGGAUGCCGCGGGUCCCCAAUGGGGGAAAUGGGCGACAGACCUUCCAGUUUCCUUCCAAAGCCCAACUCCCACCAGGGGUACACGUGCCCCGGGACGUGCCCCCACACCUUCUGUCUGUCUGGAGCCAACUCCGGUGCCUGGCGCGCUGCGGUUUGACGGCCCACCCCCCUCCCCACUCUGAUUUCCUGGGUUUUGUUGUUUUCCAAGACAGCGACAUUCUCUGGGUCUGGUGCUAACACCCCUUUCCUUGUCUCUGGGAACGUUGUGUGUAUGUCCGUGUGUCGCUCCUCUCCCAACUUAAUGAAAAUAAAACUCCACGGGACUGGGGCACGCACCCCCAGUCCACGUGGGAGACCAGUCCGUCCACCGGGCAUCAGGGCGUGGGGAUUUCCGGCGUCCCGUGGGGACGACAACCUAAAGGCGCCCAGGGACGGGGAGCCAGCCGGGUCGGGUAUCCCGGGUGCGUUCCUCGUGGGGAACCGUGCGCUAAGGUUGGCACAAAAGCCUGUGCGCAACCGGGCCGCGUCUGCCCCGUAGUCCUAGCUGAGGGUGUUCUGUAGGGGGAGAAGUCUGUGUCCUGUAGGAUGUG